AUGUUCAGGGACGUGUCGAGCUGCAACACCUACAACUAUGGCGACGCCCUCUACUGGGACGCCCGCUACGUCGAAGAAGGAGGCUCCUUCGACUGGUACCAGCGCUACUCUUCUCUCCGCCCUUUUGUCCGAAACUACAUACUAACCUCCUCUCGGGUUCUCAUGGUCGGCUGUGGCAAUGCUGUUGUGCUUGAGCUUGAAUUCCCCAAAUUAAGGUUCUCUCUUACUCCUGCCCGCAUUCUCUCUGAUAGUUCCAUCUGUUUUGUUAUGUCUGAGGACAUGGUUGCGGAUGGAUAUGAAGACAUAAUGAACGUUGACAUUUCAUCAGUGGCCAUUGACAUGAUGAAAAGAAAAUAUGAGCACAUACCUCAGCUGAAAUGCAUGUUUCCUAUACAAUUAGACAUGCAAAUGGAUGUUAGGGAUAUGAGUGUCUUCCCAGAUGAAUCAUUUGAAGGUGUCAUUGAUAAAGGUAUGUAUCAUUUCUUUGUUUUAUGUGGCAAUGACGCUCCAAUUAGUGCUGCUCAAAUGCUAGGGGAAGUGAGUAGGUUGCUUCUUAAACCUGGAGGGAUCUAUUUGUUGGUAACUGUGCACCCUUAG